UGAUAAGGGAGAGACUGGGAGGGCUUUGGACUUGGAGUUCAAAUUAUCACAAAUCGUGUCCACUUAUAUCCUAAGGUCACUUUUGUUGGAACCAUUUUCCUUAGGCUAUAAGCCUUUUUUACCUCUUUUUAUUAUCAUAUCAAAUUUUCCGCUUUUAUUAUAAUUAGACUAAUUGUUAUUAUUGUUUAUGUAAUUAACCUAGUUUUCUGAUUGAUUUUGAUUCAUUUUUGACCAGAAAGUUUCAUCUAAUCAUUUAGUUUGUAUCUGAAUUAUUUGUUCAUCAUUUGAAACUAAUUUUGUGUUAAUCAAACUUGAUAACAAAAACAUAAGUGGAUUUAAAUUGUUGUUCAAUCAUUGUUUUGAUUAAGUAAUUAAGCUUAUCAUCAGUUUUCACUUUUAAAAUGAUUUAGUUUCAUCAAUGAUUACAAACUCAACAACGGAAUUUGUUGAUUGUCAAGAUUGUUUAUCGAUAAAGUUAAUCAAUUGAUUGUUUGAUUAUUAAAAGACUUUAAUUUAACAAUAAUUGAUUGUUUCGUUUAAUGGCAAAUCAUCAACCGAACGGAGGAUCAUUCAUUAAAUCGGAAGUUGACUUUCAGCGUCUGAUUAAUGGAGAGUCCGAUCGAUUAGUGUCACGAGCUUCAAAUCUCCUUCAGAACAAAUCGUUUACUGAUGUUACUUUCAUCGUUGGUCCACCUCAACAUUCAAAAAAAUAUGUUGGUCAUCGAGUCCUUUUGGCAAUGACAUCACCAGUUUUCGAGGCAAUGUUUUAUGGCGAUAUGGCUGAUAAAAGUAAAGUGAUUCGUAUUCCUGAUUUAGCACCAAUUGGAUUUGAAAAUUUACUUCGCUAUGCAUACACAGAUUCACUGAACUUAAAUUCAGUUGAAGAUGCGAUGUUAACAGCUUAUGCUGCUAAAAAAUAUCUUCUUCCUCAUCUUUUAAGGGAGUGUUUGGCUUACAUAGAGAAAAAUAUUACUCCUUCUUGUGCUUGUGCUGUUUACGAAUUUGCUAAUGUACUUAAUUCCCAACAAUUAAUUUUCCAAUCAAUUCAAAUAAUUGAUAGACAAACGUAUCAUGUAAUCACUCAUAAAUCUUUCAAUUCAAUACAAUCAACGACAUUAGAGUUUAUUGUUGGUCGUCGAUAUUUGAAUCUCUACUCUGAGUAUUCAUUGUUCAAUGCGAUCAUCCAAUGGGCCUUAGCUGAAUGUAAGAGACGUUCACUCAAUUCCAAUGACUGGACGAUCGUUCGAGGUGUUUUGGAAGACAGUACAAUCAUGAGAAAUGCUCGACUAUUGACCAUGUCUAAUGAGGAGUUUUGCCGAGUUAUUGCUCAUACAACAUCGACAACGAACACAAUUAGUUCUGAUUCUGAUGAAGUUCAACAAUCGAAUCAACAACAAUCAAAUAAUCAAUCAAAUGAUGUCAAUAAUUCAAUUCUAAGUAAAGAUGAGAAAAUUUCAAUUUUCAUGAAUCUCGCAAUUCCAGGAAUCACUCCAGUUCCUAAAGGUUUAUCUCAUGAAACUACACCUCGAGCUGCACCACCAGAGUUUUUCAUUGUCAAAAGAUAUAAACCAGUCAAUUACGCCACAGCGGCAAGUUUGGCCGCAGCGGGAAACAAUAAGUCAAUCCGGAUGAUUUCAACUAAAUUCCAGGUCAUGAAUGCUGACAUAUUCAUAUUGGGUGCUUCGAUUCCUAUUCGUUUGGAUCCAGGUUACUAUUCAGUACGAACACCCAAACUUGACUGUCAAUUGAAGUUCAGUUCAAAAGCGGGAGUGGCAAGUGAACCCGCAAUGGGAGCUCGAGCCGAUGACUCAAUCCUACUGGACACUAUCGAUGAUUCAAUCAACGUGGUCAUCGCGAAGGACAAAGAUUGUCAUGUUAAACUCAAAAAGCCAAUCGCAAUUAAACGGGGCAAUUUAAAUGAAUUAUUGUUAACCUUUCAAACAACUUCACUUAAUGAUGAUAUAAUUGUCAUUAAAGGACAUCGAGGUAAAGUUUCCCAAUGUGAAAUCGUUGACGGGGAAGCUCAUUCAUGGAUAUUUUUCAAAGCAACAGGAAUUGAAUUUAAUGAACUUUAUUAUUACUAUUAGUUAAUUGUUGAGUCUGAUUGUGGUUAACGAUCAUCAACCGACACUAACUAACAAUUAUGAUUUUGUGAAUAGACAAAAAAUUUGUUAAUUGUUAAAAGGCAAGGGUUAUGAUUGUCAAUCUAAUCCAUUGAUUCAGUCUCAUAAUUAACUUUUUUUUGUUUUAAACUUUGAUUGUUAGUAGAUUUAACUAAUCAUUUAUUUCCUCUCAUUCACAAUUUAAUUAUUAUUGAUUUACUGAAAGCUGAAAGCUGCCUUUUCAUCAUUACAAUUAAGUUAAUCAUAGUUUCAUUAAUUUGUUAAAUAUUGAAAAACAAAUACUUUACUAAUCAUGUUAAUCAAGUUAAUAGUUGGGUAAUAUUUAAUCAGCCACUGGAAAAUUAAUUGAUUUAAUUGUGACAACAGUGAAAAUCAUUCAGUAAUUGUUGGUUAAUUAACCUAUUAACUUACAAUUAAAAAUGUUAUCAUUACAAAUUUUAACUAAUUCAGAUUAUAAUUAAUUAUAAAAUCCUGUUCCUUUUGCACUUUAACAAUUAACUAAUCAUAACAAUAAAUAUUAACUGUUAUCAAAUCA